AUGCCUAUGUUAAAAGGUUUAUUUCAUGGAGGUGGCAUCUGGAGGACGUUAGGAAAAAAUGGGAUUGGUGUUGGGCGAAAUUUCACUUGUAACAGACCAUCAUCAUCACUAGCUGCUUCAAUAUCCAAAAUCAAGCAAAUAAUUGACUCGCCAGUGGACAGAUCAAAUGCCAAAUUGAAGGCCAAAAAUAAACAAACUGGUAUAGAUCACACUGGAUACACCGAAAGGGGAAAUGUGACCGGAAAUGUUCUAAUGAAACAUUUUAAAAGUCAUUCUCCACUUCAAAUUAAUUACAGAUUGAAUAAGGCACAAGAGACGGUUGUGAAGGGCUUUUUCAACAAAUCAAGGAUUACGCAGGAAUGGAGUAUAUUCCAUUAUGAGGAUAUUCCGGGAGAAAAAGAAAGAUUGCAAAGGGAGGAGUUAAUGAAUAUGGAUAGUGGUAUGGAUAAUGUUGAACAGGAAAAGAGUGCCACCGAUAUUGAUGAUGAUGAGUUAACCAAAUAUGAUUGUCAGAGCAACACUCAUCAAGCCAUGGAGAAUAGGAGAAAAGAUAAUGAAAUUUUAGACAACCUACCCGAAGUUAUAUUUAUAGGAAGAUGCAAUGUGGGAAAAUCAUCACUGUUGAAUCAACUAUUUGCAAAGAGUAAUCAGAAAGCCAGGAUGUACGCCAAGGUUAAACAGAAGGCUGGUUAUACUCUCUGCUUGAAUUUCUACAACAUAGGUGGCAUGCUCAGAUUAGUUGAUUCGCCUGGAUAUGGUAGAAAAGGAAAAAAUGUUCAGGGAGAGUUGGUUCUUCAAUAUCUUGAAAAUAGAAUGCUUCUCCGGCAAUGCUACUUACUUCUAGACAGUAAAGUUGGGCUUAAUAAAUACGAUGAGAUGAUCAUCGAUAGCUUGGUUCAGCUUGGUGUUCCUUUUGAUGUCGUGUUCAAUAAGAUAGAUAAAAUACCAAACAGCCACAGGAUACAGCACAUGGAAGAAGUUAUCAACAAAUCUGUUCUACAGACGUUAAAAAUACAACCGAGAUAUUAUUUUGUGAGUUCUAUAGAAAAUCGAAGUGGCUUAUGCGGAACAGGAAUCAAUGAGUUGAGGUAUGGUAUGCUCGAAAGUUGUGGAAUCUCACCUGACUCAGGAAAGUUGAUACCUGUCAAUAAAAGCAGCCAGGAAGAGGAAAUCAGAAUGAAAAGAAAGUUGAAGAAUCCCAAAAUGCUUGUCCAUAUGAAAAGGAAAUAA